UCGAGGGGAAACUGGCGCAUUUGUUGUGGGCACGGACUUUGGCAGCCAUUCAAUGCUCCACCAAACGCUCAUCCCUUCUUCCACCCUUUCCUUCCCCUCCUCCGCCCCCCCUCUCGCCUCCUCUCCUCUUCGCCUCAAAAGCCGCCGCCACCGCCGCCCAGGGUUCCAACACCUCCCGCUCCUCCUCAGCCAUGCCGUCCUACGCGCACCACCACAGUUCUCUGGAUGGGAAGAUGGACGCGCUGAAAAGUAGUUGCCGGUCGGAGGAGGCGGCCGACGAGGGGGCGGCCGCGGCGCCGUCGGCGUGGGGGAUGGUUGAGAGGGACGGGUUCUCCGUCGAGGACCUGCUCGACCUCGAGGAGUUCUGCGAGGCGGAAAAGGACGCCGCCGAGGAGAACGAGCAGGCGCUGGCCCUCGUCGCCGCGCCAGAGGAGGAAAAGUCGAAGGACGACUCCCAGCCGUCGUCCGUCGUAACGUACGAGCUUGUGGCGCCCCCGCCGCCGCCUCCGGAGAUUGUUGACCUGCCGGCGCAUGACGUCGAGGAGCUAGAGUGGGUGUCGCGUAUCAUGGACGACUCCCUUUCCGAGUUGCCCCCGCCGCCGCAGCCUCCUGCGUCCGUCGUGGCGUCGCUGGCCGCGCGGCCGCCGCAGCCUCGGCAGCUGCAGCGGCGGCCUCAGGACGGAGCUUACCGCGCGCUGCCACCCGCGUCCUAUCCGGUGCGGACUCCGACCAUCUGCGCGCUGUCAACGGAGGCGCUGGUGCCGGUGAAGGCGAAACGCAGCAAGCGCUCUCGGGCCACGGCGUGGUCUCUCUCGGGGGCACCGCCUUUCUCGGACUCCACGUCAUCCUCGUCCACAACCACCACCUCCUCGUGCUCCUCGUCGGCUUCGUUCUCGUCGUUCUCGCCGCUCCUCAAGUUUGAGUGGCACCCGCUCGGCGGCACGUCGGACCUCCCGGACGAUCACCUUCUGCCGCCGGGGAAGAAGUCCAAGCACGGUAAGAACGGCAAGAACAAGCCUAAGAAGCGUGGCCGCAAGCCGAAGCAGCUCCCACCACAUCCCUCGGGCGCGGCGGCGUCGGCCCCCGCGCCGGGCGACCGGCGCUGUAGCCACUGCGGCGUGCAGAAGACCCCGCAGUGGCGCGCGGGGCCGGAGGGCGCCAAGACGCUCUGCAACGCGUGCGGCGUCCGCUACAAGUCCGGCCGGCUCCUCCCCGAGUACCGCCCGGCGUGCAGCCCCACCUUCGUGAGCGCCAUCCACUCCAACUCCCACCGCAAGGUGCUCGAGAUGAGGCGCAAGAAGGAGGUCGGCUCCGGACUCCUCACCGCCGCCGCCGCCGCAGCGCCCGCCGUGGCGUCGUUCUAGCUAAAGCAAGCUAGCCACCCCGCGCGCCCCCGCGGUGGCUGUACAUUUUUCCAGCCGUAUUAGUCCUGUACCGUACCUGGAUUUUUUUCCCCUUUCUUUUCCAGUAUUAUCUUAGUUCCGGUUGGAUUAAUUAGAGUUAGGUGCCUUUAGGUCAUGUUAGGUCUAGGAAUUCAGCUUUCCGGUGCUCCAGCUCAAAAGCUUUUACUAUAGUUUGUUAGGGCACUGCUGCUGUAGCAGCAGUGCAGCCGCGGCAGCGCUAGCGCAGAACUUCAUUUCCAUUCUAGCUUACCCGAAGGAGUUUUUUUUUUCUCUGAGGUAGUACCUGCAUAUGCUUGGUUCAUCAAUGCCGGUGUGAUUAUUUCUGAGGCAAAAGGAAGAAGAAACCAAGAACCAAAGCGCCCUUUGCAUGGCGAGAAGGGGAGGAAGACGAAAGCAAACCGAUCGCCUUGUUUUAUUCCCCAAGGCCAGGAGAGAAGAGUGCAGCACAGCACAGCAGCAGUGUGAGCGAUGACAGGUUGGUGUGUGUUGCGUGCACCCUUGGUUACAUCGCGUGAUGGUGUCAACUGUAACAGCAUGAUAUGCUUAGGGGGUGAUUAGAUGGGGCUAAAACUUGUUAGUCUAUGUCACAUCGGAUGUUUGACGUUAAUUUAGAGUAUUAAACAUAGACUAAUUUAAAAAUUAAUUUCAUAAAUGAGAGCUUAUCUGUGAGGCGAAUUUUUUAAGCCUAAUUAAUCCAUAAUUAUUAAAAGUUUACUAUAGCAUCAUAUUGUCAAAGUCAUGUUGUAAUUAGACUUAAAAGAUUUGUCUCGCGAAUUAGUCUAAACUUAUGAAAUGGGUUUUGUAAUUAGUGGAUGUUUAAUAUUUUAAAUUAGUGUUUAAAUAUCUGAGGUGAAUAAGUCCCUGAAAACCAAACAGCCCCUUAGUUAGGAGGAUGAGGGUUGAGAUAGCGAGGGGUAGAAGCAAUCGGCAUCAGAUAUAGAUGGAGAUGUUGCAUGUUUGCAGAAGUUUGUAGUACUCCUGUGAUUGAGAUGAGGCAGGAAUGAAACUGGGAGGUAGGGUCCUUUGCAAGUUAA